GCAGAGCCGGCAGGAUGCGGGCGGAGGAGCCGCUGGCGCUGGCGGCCCCGCGGGCGGGCGGCGGCGAGACGGAGGCGGAGGCGGCGGGUGAGGAGCGGAGCGGCGGCAGCUGCUGCAGCAGUGAGCGGCUGGUGAUCAACAUCUCCGGGCUGCGGUUCGAGACGCAGCUGCGAACCCUCUCCAUUUUCCCCGACACGCUGCUGGGCGACCCUAGUCGCCGGGUCCGCUACUUCGACCCGCUCCGCAACGAGUACUUCUUCGACCGCAACCGGCCCAGCUUCGACGCCAUCCUCUACUACUACCAGUCCGGGGGGCGGCUCCGCCGGCCGGUCCAUGUGCCCCUCGACAUCUUCCUGGAGGAGAUUCGCUUCUACCAACUGGGCCAGGAGGCCAUCGAGACCUUCCGGGAGGACGAGGGCUUCAUUCCAGAAGAAGAGAAGCCCCUGCCCCAGCACCACUUCCAGCGCCAGGUCUGGCUGCUCUUUGAGUACCCUGAGAGCUCCGGGCCAGCCCGGGCCAUCGCCAUUGUCUCCGUGCUGGUCAUCCUCAUCUCCAUCGUCAUCUUCUGCCUGGAGACCCUGCCCGAGUUUCGACAGGAGCCCAAGGGCACCCAGCCCGACUUCGGGGAGGCGGCGCCGUUGGGCGACGAGGCGCUGCUGCUGCCACCGCCACCGCCGCCGAGUGGGACUCCGCCGCCCCUGCACACCGCCGCCGGCGCCGGCCCCUUCUUCACCGACCCUUUCUUCCUCAUAGAGACCCUGUGCAUCAUUUGGUUCUCCUUUGAGCUCCUCGUCCGCUUCUUCGCCUGCCCCAGCAAGCCCGAGUUCUCGCGCAACAUCAUGAACAUCAUUGACAUUGUGGCCAUCAUCCCCUACUUCAUCACCCUGGGCACCGAGCUGGCCCAGCAGCAGCAGCAGAAGCAGCAGCCUGGCAGCAGCAGCAACAAUGGGGGCCAGCAGCAAGCCAUGUCCCUGGCCAUCCUCAGAGUCAUCCGCUUGGUCAGAGUCUUCAGGAUCUUCAAGCUCUCCAGGCACUCCAAGGGGCUGCAGAUAUUGGGGAAGACUCUCCAGGCCAGCAUGAGGGAGCUGGGCCUUCUCAUCUUCUUCCUCUUCAUUGGGGUGAUCCUCUUCUCCAGUGCUGUCUACUUUGCAGAGACUGAUGACCCCGACUCCCUGUUCACUAGCAUCCCUGAUGCCUUUUGGUGGGCAGUGGUGUCCAUGACCACCGUGGGCUAUGGGGACAUGUAUCCCAUGACAAUUGGUGGCAAGAUUGUGGGUUCCCUGUGUGCCAUCGCAGGUGUGCUUACCAUCGCCCUGCCUGUCCCUGUCAUCGUGUCCAACUUCAACUACUUCUACCACCGAGAGACUGAUCACGAAGAGCAGUGCCAGUACACCCACGUCACCUGUGGCCAGCAGCAGUCACCCUUCUCUGAGCCCAAGAAGGGGGACAGCAACCAAUCCCUCAGCAAAUCUGAAUUCCUGGAAGCAGAAGACCUGGAGUCCAUGAAAUACUCCAAUUUCAUUCCUCCCAACAACCAAGGCUAUAAAGAGAAGAAAAUGCUGACGGAGGUGUGAUCGGUUUUGUUACCCUGGGUCCGGGCACAGAGCUGCCAGCUGCUGCGCAGCCGUCUUCCCUUCUAGCAGCUGGAUCUAUUCAGCAUUUAGAUGCCAGACUGUGAAUUGUGACACCGUAAACAGGAUGAUUGUGAUAAUGGGCUCUUCUGGCUCGAUUUGCUGUUCCUCAUUGCCGUGUGCAGCCGGAAAUGUUCUUGCUUUGUUCCGUGGAGUGCUAGCUGUCAUCCCCGUGAAUUUCUUUGUCCGUUUUUGAAGACUGCUUCAAGCCGAUGUUUGCUCUCAAACCUAGCCUUGCUACUCCGCCGGCAGAGAAGCCCUCGCCGCUACUUCAGCUGAAGGAUUCAGCAGGGGGUAAACAGUUAAAGGGGCUACAAACAUCUGGCUCAAGCUGUGCCCUCAGUUCCCGUGCCAGCGCAGUGCCCUUGGCUCUGUGAUCAGUCGCGCCUGCCAUGCCAUUGCCUUUGAAUAAUGGAAACGCUGGAGCCAGCAUCUCAGUCAGUUCUGCAGCUGUAGGGGAAAGUCGGCAAGCAGAUGCCUGCCUUCUUUGCAGCCUUUGGCAUGCUAAAGAGCCUCUUGGUUUGUCUUUCAGAGGAGGUGCAUAGUUCUGAAAGCUCUCUGCUGCUUGUAAACUACAUACCAUUUACCAACCCCAGGCUUGUAGAAAGCAACAGGCUUGAUGGAGAUUCUCUGUGCUUUGAGCUUAUUUCAGCCUUAUUUGUGCCAGUGCCCUGAUGUUAACUGGCUGUCAUAGUACCAGCUUACUCUUCAGAGUGGUAAGUGCCUUCUGAUGCAAGGCACGUUGGAGUA